AUGUAUCAAAAGAAAGUUAAUCCUUCAAUUGAAGAUCUAAAACUUCAAUCUUCUCAAACUCAUUUACAUAAUUUUUAUAAAUCAUCACAAAUUAAUCCAAAUAAUUCGUUAACUAAUUUAUCAAAAAUUGAACAUAAUAAAGAAAAUGUGUCGUUCCAAUUACCAACUCCUCCAUUAUCUACUACUCCUUCAUUUACAAACUUUUCUCAAUUUAAUUAUCCAUUAACUCCGCCAUUAUCAUCAACUCCAUCUCCAGAUUUUUUAAGUUAUAAACCUAUAUCACAACCAAAUUCAAGUUAUUUUUCAAUAAUCAAAAGUUUAAUACCAUCAAUUAAUUAUAAAAUUUUUACUUUAUGUUUAUUAUGGUAUAUUUGUUCAAUUGUAUCAUCUAAUUCAACUAAAUUAAUAUUAAAUAAUUUCAAUUACCCAAUUACUUUAACUCAAUUUCAAUUCUUAUUAAAUAUAAUAUUAUCAAUUUUAUUUCUAUCAAUUAUCAACAAAAAUCAAAAUUUAAUACAGUCAUUACCAAUAGGUUUCAUUCCAAAUCAUAUUAGCAUACUGAAUUUUAUUGUUCCUACUAAACAUAUCAUUUCUACAACCUUAUCCAUGGGAUGUUUUCAAUUUAUUGGUCAUUUAACUAGUCAUAACGCAACUUCAAGAAUACCAGUUAGUCUAGUACAUACAAUCAAAUCAUUAUCUCCAUUGUUAACUGUGAUAGUUUACAGAUGUCUUUUCAAAAAGACUUAUAAAUUAAGAACAUACAUUACUUUAAUUCCACUUGUUUUUGGUAUAAUGUUGACUUGUUAUAAACCAAACAACACCAUAAAUUCAAAUGAGUAUCUUAGUGGAUUAUUUUUUGCAUUUAUUUCAAUGGUUAUAUUUGUUUCUCAAAAUAUAUUUGCUAAAAAUAGACUUACAAUAGACAAGAGCGAAUUAUUACCAACAAUGAAGAAACAUUGUAAAACGUUGGAUAAAUUAACUAUAUUAUUUUAUUGUUCCAUUAUUGGUUUUGUACUAACUUUCCCAAUUUAUUUUGUUUCUGAAUGUUAUGAAUUUUCAUUAUUAAAAUUGAAUAAUAAAGUUUUAGCAUUGAUUUGUUUAAAUGGUAUAAGUCAUUUUUUACAAUCAUUAUUAGCAUUUCAAAUUUUAGGUAUGAUUAAUCCAAUAAAUUAUUCCAUUGCAAACAUUUUAAAAAGAAUUUUCAUUAUAUUAAUUAGUUUUAUUUAUGAAAGUAAAAAUUUUUCAAAUUUACAAACUAUGGGUUUAGCAAUAACGUUGUUUGGUUUAUACUGUUAUGAUAAAUUCGGUCAAUAG